AUGCCACCAGUAGCCACAUCUACAAUAACGACCUCGACAUCCAAUGGAUCUGCGACUCCACGAUUAAGGGUUAACGGAGGAGGAGGAGGAGCAGGAGUUUCCGAUUCCAUUUCCGAUUCCAUUUCCGCAAAGAAUGAAGACGAUACUACCCCUUCACAGAUUGACGUACAGGAACAUGAUUUCUUCUGGACAUAUACCGAGGAACCUCACCGAAGCAGACGUUUGGCAAUUAUCAAAGCCCAUCCCGAGGUAACCAAGCUCUGCGGUCCCGAACCCCUCACUAAAUAUGUUGUCCUGCUCGUCGUAUCAAUCCAAAUCCUCUGCGCCUAUCUCCUCCGCAACACACCGUUCCUAUCGUGGAAAUUCUUCCUCACUGCCUAUAUAAUCGGAGCGACUGCAAAUCAAAACUUGUUCCUCGCCAUUCACGAAAUUUCUCACAAUUUGGCUUUUAAGAAUGCGAAUCUUAACCGGGCGCUGGCUAUCUUUGCUAAUUUACCUAUUGGAAUUCCGUAUUCUGCUUCGUUUAGAAACUUUCCAAUCGAAGAAACAAAACUAAAACCUCAAAAGCCCUACCACCUAACCCACCAUAAAUCCCUCGGCGUCGACGGCCUGGACACCGACCUCCCCACACGAUUCGAAGCCCUCUUCCUCGAUUCCCUCCUCGGCAAAGCCUUCUUCUGCACCUUCCAAAUCCUCUUCUACGCCAUCCGGCCCAUCUUCGUGUACGCCGUCCCCUUCACCCCCAUCCACAUCCUCAACAUCUUGACGCAGGUCCUCUUCGACAUUCUCCUCGUCAAACUCAGCCAAUCCUACAACCCCCUCUUCUACCUCAUCCUCUCUGCCUUCCUCGCCGGUUCCCUACACCCCUGCGCCGGGCACUUCAUCGCCGAACACUAUGUAUUUGAAAAGCAGCCGCUCGCCGCACGGGACCCCCAAACUGGCGUUGAGAUCCCCGAGACAUUUUCCUACUACGGACCUUUGAAUUUCUUCACCUACAAUGUGGGACUACAUAACGAACAUCAUGAUUUUCCCGCGGUGCCCUGGACACGACUCCCUGCGCUGAACGAGAUGGCCAAGGAGUUCUAUGCAGAGUUGCCCAGACACGAGAGUUGGAUCUAUGUAAUAUGGCAAUUUAUCUGGGAUCGGGAGGUGGGUAUGACGUGCAGGGUGAAGAGGAAGGAGGGGGGCCGGAAAGUGGGAGGAUGGACGCAGCAGGAGGUGCAAGCUUAG